AAAAGGGUCCUGCGUAAGAUGGCGGCGGCAGGGGGGUCACGUGACGCUCGUUGAGGCGCUACCGGCAUGGAGGCCGCGGAAGGACCCCGCGACGGGGAAGAGGUCGAGGUGGAGGUGGAGGAACAAUUGGUCAUGGUGGAACUGUCAGGAAUAAUUGAUUCAGACUUUCUGGAAAAAUGUGAGAACAAAUGCAAGAUUUUGGGAAUAGACACAGAGAGGCCCAUUUUGCAAGUAGAUAGAUAUGUCUUUGCUGGAGAAUAUGAAGAUACUCUUGGUACUUGUUUGGUGUUUGAAGAAAAUGAAGAUCAUGAUGCAGAAGGCAACCCAAAAAUACAGCUAAAAUAUAAAUGCCACACAAUGAAGAAGCUGAACAUGACACGGACACUCCUGACUGAGAAAAAGGAAGGAGAAGAGAACACAGGUGGUGGUGUGGAAUGGCUAGAGCUUAAGGACAAAGAUUUCUCAUACAGCAGACCUAACAUGAUUUGCAACUUCUUAUAUGAGAAAGAAGAAGAGGCAGCUGAGUCCCAAGACAAAAUGGCAGAAGAAUCUGAAGGAGAAGCCAGUGACAGAGGAAGUAUUGAUCAGGCCUUUGAACCCGAGAUGCAUCCACACCUUGAAAGGGAUGGUGGUGCCCCUCCUAUGGAUGCCACCCCCUCCAAGGCAGUGGACUCUUCUUCAGAGGACAGUCAAGUUAUUACUGCAGAUAAUUCUCCACAUUGCUCUAAAGACUGUAGUUGAGAGAUGACAAUUAAUGGACCUCCUUAUUGUUGUAUACCGUAGUUUUAGAGAACUCUUUGUGACUGAUGGUUUGUUUACAUCACAAAUAGAAGAACUGGACCCUAAAUCUGAGUGCUAAGUAGUGUCAUCUUUCACAAAUCAGGAACUAUGCAGCUAAGUCCAUGUUCCCCAUAAACCCUUUUACUUUCGGUGAUCCCCCGCUCGCCACAAGACCACACUCCACCAUUAGCCACUUCCGAAACUAAGCAAAUCAUGUUGUGCAGCAAGGAGCUGAUAUUCAAAGGAAAAUAUAAAUCCUAUCAGGUAAAUGUAAGGCCUGAGGCAUGUCCACCAGACAUGCUGGCCUUUGGCCUUUGUCUAACAUCCCUGGCCUCAGAAAAGCAGAGAGCUAUGCCUGAGGAAGAAAUAAUGUCAACCCAUUCCUGAUUCUUCUCAAGUGUGGAAGCAAUUUUUGUUUUAGUUUUACUUCUAUAAUUUCUGUUGUAAAUAAAUGUUUACUGUCUUCAAGCAUAAA